CAUAGAUAGAUAGAUAGAUAGAUAGAUCUGACUCUUCAUCUUGCAAAAUGCUAUUUACCUCCCAUCUCUAGGACUGGUUCUCAAUUCACUGAGCUACCCAGCUGCCCCUGAGUGGAAAAUCUUUUAAACAUGUAACUGUAAUCAUUUUGCUAAUUUUUUAUUUAGUAUUUUUGUAUCAGCAGAGAUAGUAUGCAUAGUCUUUAAUUUUCUUUUCUUUCCUUUGUCUUUCCCUUGUGCAGGUAGCAAGACUUUGUAAUAACAAUAGUUUCAAUAGAAUUACAUAUUUCUGGUAAUAGUUUAUAUAAUAUUGGGAUUGAUUUUUCUUUGAAGGUUUGAUAGAAUUUACUUUCAAUUUUAUCACUAGAAAUAAAAGAAAAUUAUUGAGAGAGUAGCAGGAAUGGCUUCACAGAAAAGAUGACAUUAAAACUGACAUUUUAACAAAAUUGGAUAAAUUUAAUCAUUUCAUAGUGGAGGGCUCACAUGAGUCAUUCCACACGUAUAAAAAAAGUGUGAGGAUUCUUUUUGGCCCUAUAAAAAAUUAACAACUUUAUAACCAUUUAACCCCUUCCAAUUUCCUGUUGGGUGGAAAAAGGGAAAGAAAAAAAGGAAUAUGUUGGUGAUUCAAUAAGGAAUAAGUAGGUAGAACUCAUUUCUCAUCACUGAAGUAUUCUAGAAGAAGAAUAUACAAAUAUGGAAGGAGUUGGGGGAGCAGGCAUCACUUGAACUUCACUCUCCUCUGAAUAGACAAAGGAGGGUUGAAUACUUAUUCUCAUAUAUACUUUCUCCUGAAACCCCUACAUAGAAUUGUGCCCUUGCAUUCAACUCAGUAGGGAAAGAGGGAGAGAUAGUCAAAAGAGAUAGAAAGACUUAAAAGUGAUAAAAUGUAACAUCUAAUUGAUGAGGGCAACUGACAAGCAAAACAAAACUUCUUCCUUAUAAGAAUAUAUCAACUAAAGGUAAAUUGGAUUGAUUCCUUCCACAUUCAUGAAGUGUAGGUGGCAAGGAUGAACUAUUCCAUUGCUAGGCUAAUGGAAAAUGGACCAUAGUUCUAAAUAUGCUGUAACUCCAUUAUCCACCCUUCUGGUCACAGGGCCCAGUGCAGAAAGCAAGGGCAGGAUAAGGACCACAGAUAGAGAGCCAGAGACCAUAAUGACUACAACUUGUAGCCCUGCAGUAAGAACACACGCUGUUCUGGCAACAACAACAACCCCAACCACUACAUCUGGUAUUUCUGGUUUGGAAAAAAUCACUGUGCCUGCUUCCUCUGCCUUGCCAGAGACUAUGGUAGCACCAACUGCCUGGUCUGGAGUGGAGAUGAGCCCAUCUGAAACUAUGCUCAUUGCAGAGAUCUCAACCACCCUACCUGGGGAUGGGACAGGAGAAGGUGUUCCUUCCUACCCAGCUACCGUUGACCCCACAGCAUCAACCACAUUCUUCUCCUGGACCAAUGUGCCUCCAGCAGGGUCUAUAAGCUCCUCAGCCACAAGUCUUUCCAGUGUCAGUAGAGAAGAUCCAAAGCCAAUUCUCUCUCUGGACACAUCUGCUUCAGAGAUCACAUCCAUGGCUACUGCAAGGGAAGGGCUGGCCCUAACUGAGUCCACAGCCACAAUGGAAAUCAGUCGAGGAGCUGAGGCUGAGAUUCUGUCCACAAGUGGUUUGCCCAACAUCUCAGCUUCCCCUCUCAUUCCCAAAGAUAAAAUAUCCACCUGGGCUACCAUGACCACUAUUGCAGACACUGCAUCAGAGAGCCCCUACUUGAAGGUUUUCAACCUCAAAUUCACCAUCCUCAACCUGUUCUACACAACAGACAUGGGUCAAAGGGGCUCCAGCAAAUUCAACUCCAUUGAGGAUGUCCUGCAACCUCUGAUCAACAACUUGUUUAGAAAAAGCAGCUUUGGCCCUCACUAUUUUGGAUGCAGGCUGACUUUGUUAAGGUCUAUGAAGAAUAGGAUAGCAACAGCAGUGGAUGUCGAAUGUGCUUAUCAGGAAGAUUCCUCCACCCCUGUCCUGGACCUAGAGAAGAUUUACUGGGAGCUGAGUGAACAGACCCAUGGAAAAACAAGGCUGGGACCCUACAUUCUACAUAAGGAAAGCCUUUAUGUGGAUGGGUAUACCCAUCAGAUACCAACCACCACCACAAACACCUGGAGACCCAGUCUAGAGGCUUUCACCCUGAACUUCACCAUCACCAACCUGCUGUACACAGAAGACAUGGGGCAGAAGGAUUCCAUCAAAUUCAAGUCCACUGAAAAGAUUCUUCAGAAUAUGCUUGGCCCUUUGUUUGAGAACAGCAGCCUUGGUUCCAGUUAUUCCAGGUGCAAACUGACUUUCCUAAGACCUCUGAAGAAUCUGACAGUGACUGAAGUAGGUGUCACCUGCCUCUAUCAGAGUGAUUCCACUGGUCCCUUCCUGGAUAGAGAGAGGGUUUACUGGGAAUUCAGCAAUCAGACUGGGGGCAUCACUAGACUGGGGCCCUAUACCCUCGACAGGGACAGUCUCUUCCUCAAUGCUCCUAUCCAGACCACAAUCCCUUCAAGAAUUUCCUCAGCUCCUUCACUACUGACCAAUUCCUCAGCAUCUGGCAGUUUUAGCCUGAAGUCUUUCACCCUGAACUUCACAAUCAACAACUUGCUCUGCACAGCAGACAUGGGACGGCCAGGCUCCCAAAAGUUCAAAGCCACUGAAAGAGUCCUACAGCACCUGCUCAGCCCCUUGCUUGAAAACAGUAGCCUUGGCUCUGACUAUUCUGGAUGCAGGCUGACCAUGCUGAGGCCCGUACAGAAUGGGACAGCAACCAAAUUCCUGUGUGGCCACUGGAAAACUCCCACCACCCCUAGCCUGGACAGGAAGAAGAUUUACUGGGAGCUGAGCAAUCAGACCCAAGGUAUCACCAGGCUGGGUGCCUAUACCCUGGACAAUAAGAGCCUCUAUCUCGAUGGAUACAGCUAUCAGAUGAAUCUUUCCUCCUCCACAAGUGGUGAGUAUUUUCAUUCUGGGAACAAACAAAGAACACCACUUGUCUGUCCUGACCCUGUUCUGAUAGCAUUCUAGGAAGAAGAGGAUGAACCAGCAGUGUAAAAGAGAGAGGAAGACAUCAUGUCUUCUGACUCCUAUACUUCAGUCUUUCCCAGUUGACUCAGUGGCCAAGCCCCAAUGGGGUGUCAGUUUUACCUGUGUCUUAUACACUCAAACCUUCCAUGUCACAUGGGUAUUUGGUCCACAAUUGUUAAAUAUCCGAUUUCUCUUGAGCUGUGGCACUAACAACUCUGACUCCAACUCCACUGUCAAUUUCUUUUUACUUUUUUUUUUAACUUUUAGCUUCUGUCUUAGAACCAAUACUGUGUAUUACCACUAAGUAGUAAAGGCUAGGCAAUGGAGGUUAAGUGAUUAGCCCAAGGUCACAAUGCUAGGAAGUGUCCAAGACCAGAUUUGAACCUAGGACCUCUUGUCUUUAGACAGGGCUCUCAAUUUACUGAGCCACCCAGCUGCCCCCCUCCACUGCCAAUUUCCACAGGUAUGGUCUGCCUCUGUUUUCAUUCAUUCUUUGGAAACUCUUGCUGCCCUUAACUGUGAGACAGAGAUAAGAGAUGUUCAGAUCACAGAUUUAGAGCUGGUAGGAGACUUUCAGAUCAUCUAGUCCAAUUCCUGGUCUCAUUUGACAGUUGAGGACACUAAUGUCCAGAAAGGAACAGAGGCUCAAGGUCAUAUAGGUAGGAAGCAGGACGGCUGGGUUUGGAACCCAGAUCUCCUUUCUCCAAAUCCAAUAUUCUUUCUUCUGCAUUGCAUUGCAAGAGAUAUUCCUCUGAUUUAUGGCUAGAGAUUUCAUGAAGGAUUCAUUAGUGAACAGAUUCUGCUCAGUUUUCCUUUGAAGAAGAAAUUGGAGUUUCAGCUAGGUGUCCUUAAUGAUGGUGAUGAUGAUGAUCAUCAUCAUUGUCUAUCUUUUAUCUAGGAUUUUAAGGUUCUCAAAGUACUUUACAGAUAUUAUCCUUUGGAUGUUGGACUUGAUAGACUGAGAGCCCAUCUUGCUCCAGAAUGUCUUCUAUUUGAUUCUAGAGGUGAUAGAGAACCACUGGAGCUAACUGAAUAAGUACAUGACAUGGCUAGAUCUUUACUUAAGGGGGCAUGAUAGAGAGCAAGGAUACUGGCAAGUCACAAGCUCACCUCAGCGCUAUGGAACAGAGGAGGAGGAGGAGGAUAAGGAGGAGGAUUCACAGGUUGGAAGUAUUUCUGUCAGUCAUAGACCAGGCACCUCAGCUCCUUUUCUUAUGCCAACCUUCCUCACAGGAGCUUGGGCAUCCAGCAAAGGCACUGGAUCCCAUGGAUUAAAUCAUUUGGUGAACUAGUGCAUAUUGAAUUCCUCUCCUAUAGGGCCCUGAGGUUGUACAGAGCAUCCACAGCUGCUCUGAGUUCUCUGCUUUUAAGUACAAGAAAUUUCUGCCCAUCUUGAAACAUUUUCCUUUUUUUCCGGUUUUAGCACCAGACCCAGCAGUAGCACCUGGUUGUCCCCUGUGGGCCACAGAGCCUGGAGGCUCCCAAGCUGCUAGUUUAAGCUUCCAGUCUUUCACCACCAUUCCCGAGGUGCUGUACACAGAAGAUAUGCAUCUUUCUGGAUCUGACAAGUUCAACUUCACCAAAAGAACCCUGCAGCAACCUUUGAAGAAUGGCUCAGCAAGUGGAGUGAGUUGCCUGUGCACACACAAAAGAAACCACAGAAGCUCAUUCAGAGACCAAGAGAAGGGUUACUGGGAUGCAAAAAGAGCAUUUCACUAAGCUGGGCUUUUCCUCCUCCCUUGAAAGAGCCAGUCUACUCAAUGAUGAGGAGCACAACAGAAUCCCCAGCCUUUUCCUCUAUCCUCAUGCUACUUUCCCCUCCUCCUGCUAAAUUUCCAUUCUGAUUCUGACCUUAAUGUUCUCUCAAAGAAUCAUUAUUUCUCAAUACCCUUUUAUUACACCAAACACAGAAAAUAAACCCGGCCCCUAUCUACUUUCCUGUAUUUUCUUUCAUUUGGGAUUUUCUGGGUUAUUGUAUUUUAG